AUGGCACAGAUCACAGCAAGCAUUCAGGAGGGAGACACAAGUACCCACAAGAGUGCAUCCCAGGUGUGUAAAUCUGCAGCAUCCCAGGUGCGUAAAUCUGCAGCAUCCCAGGUGUGUAAAUCUGCAGCAUCCCAGGUGUGUAAAUCUGUAGCAUCCGUGGUGUAUAAAUCUGCAGCAUCCCAGGUGUGUAAAUCUGCAGUAUCCCAGGUGUGUAAAUCUGCAGCAUCCCAGGUGUGUAAAUCUGCAGCAUCCCAGGUGUGUAAAUCUGCAGCAUCCCAGGUGUGUAAAUCUGCAGCAUCCCAGGUGCGUAAAUCUGCAGCAUCCCAGGUGUGUAAAUCUGCAGCAUCCCAGGUGUGUAAAUCUGUAGCAUCCGUGGUGUGUAAAUCUGCAGCAUCCCAGGUGUGUAAAUCUGCAGCAUCCCAGGUGUGUAAAUCUGUAGCAUCCCAGGUGUGUAAAUCUGCAGCAUCCCAGGUGUGUAAAUCUGCAGCAUCCCAGGUGUGUAAAUCUGCAGCAUCCCAGGUGCGUAAAUCUGCAGCAUCCCAGGUGUGUAAAUCUGCAGCAUCCCAGGUGUGUAAAUCUGUAGCAUCCGUGGUGUAUAAAUCUGCAGCAUCCCAGGUGUGUAAGUCUGCAGUAUCCCAGGUGUGUAAAUCUGCAGCAUCCCAGGUGUGUAAAUCUGCAGCAUCCCAGGUGUGUAAAUCUGCAGCAUCCCAGGUGUGUAAAUCUGCAGCAUCCCAGGUGCGUAAAUCUGCAGCAUCCCAGGUGUGUAAAUCUGCAGCAUUCCAGGUGUGUAAAUCUGUAGCAUCCGUGGUGUGUAAAUCUGCAGCAUCCCAGGUGUGUAAAUCUGCAGCAUCCCAGGUGUGUAAAUCUGUAGCAUCCCAGGUGUGUAAAUAUGCAGCAUCCCAGGUGUGUAAAUCUGCAGCAUCCUAG